AUGCUCGCUGUGCCCGACAUGGCGGCGCCCAGCGCGGGGCUCCGGCAGCGCCUCACGGGCCGGGCCCGAUCCCCGUCCGGAGCUCCGGGAGCGGCUCCCGCUGAAUCCCCCGAGCCCGGGCUCGGUUCCGCGGCCUCGCCGCUCUCCCCAGGCACUUUCUGGCUGACCCGCAUCGUGCUGCUGCGCUCCAUUGCCUUCCUGUACUCCGUGGCCUUCCUGGUGGCAUUCCAGCAGAACAAGCAGCUGAUAGGAGACAAGGGGCUGCUCCCCUGCAAGCUCUACCUGCAGGAAAUCAAGAAAUACUUCAAGGGCAAGGUUGGCCUGGAUGCCCUGAGCUAUGCCCCCACUCUCCUCUGGUUCCUGGACUGGUCUGCCAUGGACAGCACCUUGGAUUGCCUGGCCCUGGCUGGGCUGGCAGGGGCAGCCUUUGUGCUGCUGACUGGCUGUGCCAACAUGAUCCUCAUGUUCCUGCUGUGGCUGCUCUACCUGUCCCUGGUCAAUGUGGGACAGAUCUGGUAUUCCUUUGGAUGGGAAUCCCAGCUGCUGGAGACAGGAUUCCUGGGAAUCUUCCUGUGUCCCCUCUGGAGCCUGUCCCGCCUGCCCCAGGGCUCCCCUCCCUCCCGAAUCGUCAUCUGCGCUUUCCGCUGGCUCAUUUUCAGGAUCAUGCUCGGGGCGGGGCUGAUUAAAAUCCGAGGGGAUCGCUGCUGGAGGGAGUUAACCUGCAUGGAUUAUCACUAUGAGACCCAGCCAGUGCCCAACCCCAUCUCGUACUUCAUGCACCGCUCGCCCUGGUGGUUCCACCGCUUGGAGACUUUGUUCAACCACUUUGUGGAGCUGCUGGUGCCCUUCUUCCUGCUGCUGGGCAGGAGGAUGAGCAUCCUGCACGGGCUGCUGCAGAUCCUCUUCCAGGUGCUCCUGAUCCUGAGCGGGAACCUGAGUUUCCUGAACUGGCUGACGGUGGUGCCCAGCCUGGCCUGCUUUGACGACGCCAGCCUGGGGUUCCUGUUCGGCUCGGGGCUCCGGGAGCGCGCGGCGCGGCUCCGGGAACAGGGACACGGCACAUCCCUGGGCUCCUGUGUGCGCACAGUGCUGAACAUCUCCCUGGGGCUCCUCCUCACCUACCUGAGCAUCCCAGUGAUCCUGAACCUGCUGAGCUCCAGGCAGGUGAUGAACACCUCCUUCAACCCCCUCCGGAUCGUCAACACCUACGGAGCCUUUGGCAGCAUCACCAAGGAGAGGACAGAGGUGAUCCUGCAGGGAACAUCCAGCCUGGACCCCAAGGACCCCUCAGCAGUCUGGGAGGAGUUUGAGUUCAAGUGCAAGCCUGGGGAUGUGAGGAGGAGGCCGUGCCUCAUCUCCCCCUACCACUACCGCCUCGACUGGCUCAUGUGGUUUGCUGCCUUCCAGACCUACGAGCAGAACGAGUGGAUCAUCCACCUGGCUGGGAAGCUGCUGGCCCAGGAGGAGGAGAUGCUGGCCCUGCUGGCCACCAACCCCUUUGCAGGCAGAGACCCCCCGAGGUGGAUCCGGGGGGAACACUUCAGGUACAAGUUCAGCCAGCCCGGGGGGAAGCACGCUGCCCAGGGCAAGUGGUGGAUCCGCAAAAGGAUCGGCCCCUACUUCCCCCCCGUCAGCCUGCAGGGCCUGAGGAAGUUCUUCCAGGACAGGAAUUGGCCUUAUCCCAUCCAGACCUGAGGGCAAAGCACGGCCAGGACAAGAGGGACCAGCUGGGAAGAGGGAGAACAAGCAGCUCCCUUUCAGAAACUUCUGGAAUCUUCCAAAAGGAGAUUCCGAACAUCUCCCGCCUCUCUAUUUUUUCAAAAAUUCCAAUAAAUUUUGGAGUGUUCCAAAAGGAGAUUCUGAACAUC